GCAAGCCCGCUGGGCGGUGCGCCGGGGCCGCGGGAGCCGCGCGCCGCGUCGCUGUAAUCGGACACCGAGCGCAGGUCCCCCACGCCCGGCGAGCUUCCAUUCACUCCGAGGCGCUUGAUUGAGCGAAGCGGAGAAGGGCUCCGGGUGCCACAGCCCCGCAACGCUGAGGAUUCCUUUACAAAGAAACUCAGAGGACCGGGAAGAAAGAAUUUCGCCCCUGGGACGCUCUGGAAAUUCAGGUCUUCUGGGAAACGGGCUAUAAACACACGCGGAGCCAAACCGGUAGCAAAUUGAUUUUUCCGUGUGGAUCUCUUCCCACCUCGGUAUUUUCCCGUGGAUAUUAACUAGAAAAUCUGAAGAAAUGGCAUUCCGGGCAAUUUGCAUGUUGGUUGGAGUAUUUGUUUGUUCUGUCUAUGUAAAAGGAUCUUCUCAGCCCCAAGCAAGAGUUUAUUUAACAUUUAAUGAGCUUCGAGAAACCAAGACGUCUGAAUACUUCAGCCUCUCCCACCACCCUUUAGACUAUAGGAUAUUAUUAAUGGAUGAAGAUCAGGACCGGAUAUAUGUGGGCAGCAAAGAUCACAUUCUUUCCUUGAAUAUUAACAAUAUAAGUCAAGAAGCUUUGAGUGUUUUCUGGCCAGCAUCUACAAUCAAAGUUGAAGAGUGCAAAAUGGCUGGCAAAGAUCCCACACAUGGCUGUGGGAACUUCGUCCGUGUCAUUCAGGCUUUCAACCGCACUCACCUGUAUGUUUGUGGGAGUGGUGCCUUCAGCCCGGUCUGUACUUAUUUGAACAGAGGGAGGAGGUCAGAGGACCAAGUUUUCAUGAUUGACUCCAAGUGUGAAUCUGGAAAAGGACGCUGCUCUUUCAACCCCAAUGUGAACACAGUCUCUGUUAUGAUCAAUGAGGAACUUUUCUCUGGAAUGUAUAUAGAUUUCAUGGGGACAGAUGCUGCUAUUUUUCGAAGUUUAACUAAAAGGAAUGCAGUCAGAACUGAUCAACACAAUUCCAAAUGGCUAAGUGAACCUAUGUUUGUGGAUGCACAUGUCAUCCCAGAUGGAACUGAUCCAAAUGAUGCUAAGAUUUACUUCUUCUUCAAGGAGAAACUCACUGACAAUAGCAGAAGCACAAAACAGAUUCAUUCAAUGAUUGCUAGAAUAUGUCCUAACGACACGGGUGGACUGCGUAGCCUGGUCAACAAGUGGACCACCUUCCUGAAAGCCAGGCUGGUGUGCUCUGUGACAGAUGAAGACGGCCCGGAAACGCACUUUGAUGAAUUAGAGGAUGUGUUUCUGCUUGAAACGGAUAACCCAAGGACAACACUAGUGUAUGGCAUUUUUACAACAUCAAGCUCAGUUUUUAAAGGAUCAGCAGUGUGUGUAUAUCAUUUAUCUGAUAUACAGACUGUAUUUAAUGGCCCUUUUGCCCACAAAGAAGGGCCAAAUCAUCAGCUGAUUUCAUAUCAGGGUAGAAUCCCAUACCCACGCCCUGGAACUUGCCCAGGAGGAGCAUUUACACCCAAUAUGCGAACCACCAAGGAGUUCCCAGAUGACGUUGUCACUUUCAUUCGGAACCACCCUUUCAUGUACAAUUCCAUCUACCCAAUCCACAAAAGGCCACUGAUUGUUCGUAUAGGCACUGACUACAAGUACACAAAGAUAGCUGUGGAUCGAGUGAAUGCUGCUGAUGGCAGAUAUAACGUCCUGUUUCUUGGAACAGAUCGGGGUACUGUGCAGAAGGUUGUGGUUCUUCCUACCAACAGCUCUGCCGGUGGGGAGCUCAUUCUGGAGGAGUUGGAAGUUUUUAAGAAUCAUGCUCCUAUAACAACAAUGAAAAUUUCAUCUAAAAAGCAACAGUUGUAUGUGAGCUCCAAUGAAGGGGUUUCCCAAGUGUCCCUGCAUCGCUGCCACAUCUACGGCACUGCCUGCGCUGACUGCUGUCUAGCAAGGGACCCUUACUGCGCCUGGGAUGGCCAUUCUUGCUCUAGGUUCUACCCAACAGGGAAGCGGAGGAGCCGAAGACAAGAUGUGAGACAUGGCAAUCCAUUGACUCAAUGCAGAGGAUUUAAUCUAAAAGCAUAUAGAAAUGCAGCUGAAGUUGUUCAGUAUGGAGUAAAAAAUAACACCACUUUCCUUGAGUGUGCCCCCAAGUCUCCGCAGGCAUCUGUCAAGUGGUUGUUACAGAAGGACAAAGACAGGAGAAAAGAGGUCAAGCUGAAUGAACGCAUCAUAGUCACUUCACAAGGACUUCUAAUCCGUUCCAUUCAGGAUUCUGACCAAGGACUGUACCACUGCAUUGCAACAGAAAACAGCUUCAAGCAGACCAUAGCCAAGAUCAAUUUUAAAGUUUUAGAUUCCGAAAUGGUAGCUGUUGUAACAGACAAAUGGUCACCAUGGACCUGGGCCAGCUCUGUAAGGGCUUUGCCCUUCCACCCAAAGGACAUCAUGGGGGCAUUCAGCAACUCAGAAAUGCAGAUGAUUAACCAGUAUUGCAAAGACACUCGGCAGCAACAUCAACAUGGAGAAGAAUCUCAAAAGAUGAGAGGGGACUAUGGCAAGUUAAAGGCUCUCAUCAAUAGCCGGAAAAGUAGAAACAGGAGGAAUCAGUUGCCAGAGUACUAAUGUUUUCUUACAUGGGGGACUUAUGCUUCCCAUAGUCAUCAAUGAUCCAUCUGUCUUCAGUGAUCAGAUUUUGAACAAUCUUGUUCUUAUCCAUGGGAAAUUCCUGAGAAAGGCAAUUACACACUCCUAAAGUGAAUGUUACAUGAACUGAAAUGAGCAUGCAUUUUCUUGUAUGAUAUCGACUAGCACUAGACAUGUCAUGGGCCUCAUGGUGCAUAUAAAUAUUUAAAUUAACCUAGAUUUUAUUUAUGUCUUUAUUUACCUUUUCUUCAAAUCAAUAUGGUGGUUAUAAAACUAGAAUUUUUACAUCAUCCCUUAAUUGAACAAGGGCCAUAAACCUGUAACCUUCCUUUCUUUUAGGAUUUCUAGUUGUCACUGAUUUAAUAUAUGAAAACAAUUACCAAGUUUACAACUUUUACAUGGUUGAAGUUGUAUAAAUGCAUGUGACAGAGUAGCUGUCAAAGUAUGUGGAAUAGAAAAAAGACAAGGAAGAGAACAUCUAAGUUAUAUUAAAAAAGGGGGUUCAUAAGGAGAAAACGACAAGUUUAUAUGCUUUGAGUUAAAUAUGUUGUUGGUUACUUUUAAUUUUGUAAAAAUUGUCAGUUGUGGAGAUCUGUCAUUGAUCUUUGUUCCCUUGUAUCAGGAAGAUAAAAUGAAUGACCCUCAUUAUAAAUGUCUUCAAUUGGAGUUAUGUCAGUGAAGCAUUUAAGUUUAUAUUCCUAUGUUUUCAUCUUCCAAACAAAAGCACUUUUUUGGAAGUCAUUGGAGUUAUUCUAGACUCAGAGACUAUAAUCUAAUACUGUUUAAUCAAUUACUGAGUUUGUUCUAGUAUUUCAGUCUUUGUGACAAAUUAAACAAUAUAAGAAGAAAAAGUUUUCAAAUAUCACCCCUUAUGUACAUGAGUGAUGAAACCAUCACAGUGAAAUAACAAGAAAAACAAAGUAGAAAAUGCAAUUUUAUUAACAAAAGUUUAUGAAAAUGUGACUAGUUUUUAACUUUAAUAAUUGAUUUAAUAAUCAUGAAUUAAUUUCAUGAUUUCACAUAUUUUUGUUAUUUACCAAUCUCAGAUAUCAUCUGGAUUAUUAAGUCACCAGCUUAUUUUUAAUGAUCUUUUGUGUGUUCUGAGGAGGUGUUCAUUUUGUGGAGAAAUGAAAAAAAUCUGGUCUGAAUAAAAACAGACAUACUUUCUUGUAAAAGGGUGUUUGUGUAUUAUGUUCAUUAGUAUGUAAAUACAAACGUGGGAAGUUUUGUGAUGAAUAAAAUAAUUAUCUUCUAGUUGUAUGUUUGAAUUAUAUUAUUAGAAUAAUUUAAUAGUUUUAAAUUGUUUAAAUAGUUUAAAACUCAGUAAUUUAUUGAGUUUUUUACUCCAAAUAACAAGAUGAAAUAAUACGAAUGUAUCUUCCUACUUUCAUAUUUCUUUUAAAGUCACAAAUUUUGCUCUUUUAUUUCAUUUAUCAUUUAAGAUAUUUUUAUGUUUCCAGGUACAAACAGAAAUCACAUGAUAUACCUAAUCAAAAUUUAUCACAAAAUUUUUAUUUGUAGUUAAAACUAUCCAUGAAGAAGGUAAUCAAGGUAAAUAGGUCACCUUUUUAAGCACUGCAAUACAAAGCUUCAAGAACAAAAAGCCAUUGUCAAAAUGAAUGUGUCUGAUAAUCAGAAUCUAAGAAUGUGAUUAAUUAUCUAAGUGGUAGUAAACUGUGACAUUAUAAGAGAAGGCCUCAAUGGGCAAAAAUAGCUAUUAAACCUGGCAAUAAUAUUAUUCAUUUUU